AUGUACUGAGUAUUAAAUUAAGAAAGUGAGGUAAAUUUAGCAUUUGUUUGUGAGGCAGGUGAAUGAUCAGAGCUGUUAGUGGUGCAUUUGUUUGUUCUGCACAGGACAUGGCAUCCAGCUCUUCUUCUCUAAGGAUUGGAGUUGUAGGAUAUGGACAUUUAGGACAGUACCUAGUGGAGAGGAUCCUUAAAGAUGGAGCUGCUCAUGGUUUAUCAUUAGCAUUUGUCUGGAACAGAAACACUGAUAAACUCAAAGGUUUAGUUCCUGAUGAGCUCAUACUUGGUGAUUUAUCAUCUUUUGCUGAGAGACGGUGUCAUGUGAUCGUAGAGGUGUGCCAUCCUCACAUAGUGAAAGAAUUUGGGCUCCAUUUCCUGUCUCACUCUCAUUUUAUGGUGGGUUCUCCUUCUGCCCUCUCUGACUCUGACCUGAACCUGAAGCUGCGUCAGGCUGCUCAGCAGUAUGGAAGGACUCUCUAUGUUCCCAGUGGUGCAUUAUGGGGAGGCCAGGACAUCCAAAGGCUGAACGACAGCGGGGCCUUGAAGGCUUUGUUUAUAAGAAUGUCCAAGCAUCCAUCCUGUUUCCGGCUGACAGGAGACGUCCUCUCUGAUUGGACGGAGGGUGAAGGCAGACGUGUUUUAUUCAGAGGCUCAGUGGCAGAGUUAUGCCCCCUCGCUCCCAACAAUGUCAACACCAUGGCAGCGGCAGCGGUGGCAGCAGGGUCACUUGGUUUUACUGGUGUUCAGGGAGAGAUUGUAUCAGACACUGUGUUGAGUGACUAUCACGUGGUGGAGGUGGAGGUGACUGGGCCUAAUGGCUUCUCAGUACGUACUGUAAGAAGGAAUCCAGCCAAACUUGGAGCUGUAACUGGCAGCGCAACAUAUAAUUCAUUUUGGAAUAGUUUACUGGUUUGCAAAGGUCACGGGGGUCGGGUUUACUUGUGCUGAAGCAGAUGAAGACUCAGGAAGAGGAUCCAUCACUAGGCUUCCACUCUGUCAGUUACUUGUGGAUAUGCUGUGUGGAUGGUGUCAGUGUCAUGAUGUUACUGAGAUUUGGAAAACCCUCAGACACGUAAAUAUUUGCGCUAUAAUAAGCUGUACAGAGUUUGUUUUGUUGCAUAUUCAAAAUAAACUGAACUGUAA